GUAGUACAGCCAAAGCUAUUUUGGGGGGAGAAACCUGCGUUUGUCUUCAUUACUUAAAAGCUUCAAGCUUCCAGUUCCACUAAAAUUUGAGGAGCUAGUAGAUCGAUUUGAGAGGUGAGUGAUGGGAAGGGGAAAGAUUGUGAUAAGGAGGAUCGACAACUCAACCAGCAGGCAGGUGACGUUUUCGAAACGGAGGAAUGGAUUGUUGAAGAAGGCCAAAGAACUGGCGAUCCUGUGUGAUGCUGAGGUCGGAGUCAUGAUCUUCUCGAGCACCGGCAAGCUCUAUGAAUUCGCAAGCACCAGCAUAAAGUCAGUGAUUGAAAGAUACACCAAAGCAAAAGAGGAGCAUCAUCAAUUUGGCGACCCUGCUUCUGAAGUUAAGGAGAGCUCUUCUCAAUAUGAGGUGGUUCAAUUCAAGCAUGGAGCUCUGAACAAGGCUCAAAAUGCAAUGCUGUUAUGGCAAAGGGAAGCAGCAAUGUUAAGGCAGCAACUACACACCUUGCAAGAGAGCCAUAGGCAAAUGAUGGGUGAAGAGCUUUCAGGCCUGAGUGUGAAAGACUUGCAAAAUCUGGAGAACCAAUUGGAAAUAAGUCUUAAGGGUGUCCGAAUGAAAAAGGAUCAGCUUUUAAUGGAUGAAAUACAAGACCUAAACAGAAAGGGAAACCUCAUUCACCAAGAAAAUGUCGAGCUGUAUAAGAAGGUUUAUGGAACAAGGGAUGUAAGUGGAGCAAAUAGAAAUCCCUUUCUGACAAAUGGUCUAGACAUUGGAGAGGACUCACAUGGGCCUGUCAAUCUCCAGCUUAGUCAACCACAAUAGCAAAACUAUGAAGAACCAGCAAGAGCUACAAAACUGGGACUACAACUACAUUAGCAAAGAAGGGGCAUCAGAAUAGGCCAAUGUUACUUGACUCCAUCAAGCACAAGGCUGGUGCGUACAAAUUUACAUUUCUAUCACAGAAAUGUGGUAGAGAGCCACAGACCCUUGAUUUGAAAAGAAAAAAAAACAAUUAUUUGCAUGUGUGUGACGAUCAAUGAAAUAACUUAUAUAUGUAAAGAAGAGGUUAUAUAUAAGUUUAGAAGAAUAAUUGAAUUGCACUUCUAGUGCAGUACAGCUUAAUUAAAAAAUCCUCCAAGUCUGUCUGCACUAUUGCUUUGAAGGCUGGUAAAUUAAAUGAAUGGAUAUGAGAUGCAUAUUGUCAAUUAUGU